UCAUUCUCUCUCAGUUCACCAGCAGAGAGCAUCCAUGGCUUCUUUAGCGUUCUCUCAAGCUCUCCUUUCUCGAGCCACCUCUCACAAUGGCUCUAACAAGCACGUCUCUGUUCCAGCUUCCUCUGUUCUCAAAACCACUUCUCCACGCACCAACUUCUUCCACAGUCAACGCAGCGCAUCCACGAGCAAUCACACUCUCCGUCCUCUCGUCCGUGCAUCCGCCAUAGAGACGACUGACACAACAACUGAUUCAACCCUGGUUGAUAAAUCAGUUAAUACGAUCAGGUUCCUGGCCAUAGAUGCAGUUGAGAAGGCGAAGUCUGGUCAUCCUGGUCUACCAAUGGGCUGUGCUCCUAUGUCCCACAUCUUGUACGAUGAGGUCAUGAGGUAUAACCCCAAGAACCCUUACUGGUUCAACCGUGAUCGCUUCGUUCUCUCUGCUGGACAUGGAUGCAUGUUGCAAUACGCUUUGCUUCACCUCGCUGGCUACGACAGUGUCAGGGAGGAAGACUUGAAGAGCUUCCGUCAAUGGGGAAGUAAGACGCCUGGACACCCUGAGAACUUUGAGACCCCUGGUGUUGAAGUCACUACUGGUCCUCUUGGACAAGGUAUUGCAAAUGCUGUUGGUUUAGCUCUGGCUGAGAAACAUCUAGCUGCUAGAUUCAACAAACCUGACAAUGAAAUCGUCGACCACUACACUUACUCGAUUAUUGGAGAUGGUUGUCAGAUGGAAGGGAUUACAAAUGAAGUUUGCUCUCUAGCUGCCCACUGGGGACUUGGGAAGCUCAUCGCUUUCUAUGACGACAAUCACAUUUCUAUCGAUGGAGACACAGAGAUCGCCUUUACGGAGAACGUGGACAAGCGCUUUGAAGCUCUAGGAUGGCAUGUUAUUUGGGUGAAGAAUGGUAACAAUGGAUAUGAUGAGAUCCGUGCUGCCAUUAAGGAAGCUAAGGCUGUAAAAGACAAGCCCACUUUGAUUAAGGUGACUACUACAAUUGGUUAUGGAUCUCCCAACAAGGCAAACUCGUACAGUGUCCACGGAGCCGCGCUUGGUGAGAAGGAAGUUGAGGCUACCAGAAAUAACCUUGGAUGGGCAUAUGAGCCGUUCCAGGUACCUGAGGAUGUUAAAAGCCAUUGGAGCCGUCACACCCCCGAGGGAGCCGCUCUUGAAGCUGAUUGGAAUGCUAAGUUUUCAGCUUAUGAGAAGAAGUAUCCAGAGGAAGCAGAAGAGUUGAAAUCUAUCAUCUCAGGUGACUUGCCUGCCGGUUGGGAGAAGGCACUUCCUACAUAUACACCAGAGUCACCAGGUGACGCCACCAGAAACCUCUCUCAGCAAUGUCUCAACGCUCUCGCCAAAUCCCUCCCCGGUUUCCUCGGCGGUAGCGCCGACCUCGCAUCUUCCAACAUGACACUCCUCAAAGCCUUCGGAGACUUCCAAAACGCUACACCCGAAGGAAGAAACCUCAGGUUCGGUGUCAGGGAACACGGCAUGGGAGCUAUCUGCAACGGCGUCGCCCUCCACAGCCCUGGCUUCAUCCCUUACUGCGCGACGUUCUUUGUGUUCACCGACUACAUGAGAGCCGCGAUGAGAAUCGCAGCUCUCUCUGAAGCCGGUGUUAUCUACGUUAUGACGCAUGACUCCAUCGGUCUAGGAGAAGAUGGACCGACUCACCAGCCUGUUGAACACUUGUCCAGCUUCCGCGCCAUGCCGAAUAUCAUGAUGUUCCGUCCCGCUGACGGGAACGAAACAGCCGGUGCGUACAAAAUCGCUGUCGCUAGACGGAACACGCCUUCUGUUUUGGCCUUGUCUAGACAAAAGCUGCCUCAGCUUCGGGGAACGUCUAUUGAGAACGUUGAGAGAGGGGGAUACAUUAUUACUGAUAACUCUAACGGUAACAAACCGGAUGUGAUCUUGGUUGGAACUGGCUCGGAGCUGGAGAUUGCUGCUAAAGCUGGAGAGGAGUUGAGGAAAGAAGGGAAGAGUGUGAGAGUCGUUUCGUUUGUGUGUUGGGAACUGUUUGAUGAGCAAACGGAUGCGUACAAGGAAAGUGUGUUGCCAUCGGAGGUGUCGGCUAGAGUUAGUAUCGAAGCUGGAUCGACGUUUGGAUGGGGGAAGGUUGUUGGAGGGAAAGGGAAAUCGAUUGGAAUUGAUUCGUUUGGGGCAAGUGCACCGGCGGGGAAGCUUUAUAAAGAGUUUGGUAUCACCGUUGAAGCUGUGGUUGCAGCAGCUAAGUCACUUAUCUAAAGAAGUAUAAGGGUUUGGUUUUGAAGUAAAGAGAGGUUCUUCCAUAUAAGCAUUGUCUUCUUUGUCCAAGUAGAAAAAUGUAAGACAGAAAAUAAAAAUUUGUUUCUUGCAAGUGACGUUUGUAACUGUAAGUCUGAAACCAUGAACACAAUACUUAUACCCAAUGUUGGAGGCGCUUUA